AUACUAAAGAGAAGAGAAUCUAUGGCGAAGAAAGUUAGAAAGCUUCACGUAACGGUGAAGCCGGUGAGGCUUGAUGGUUUACCGUCUAUUGUUCAUGGAGACGAAACAGCGGUAAAGAAUCUUUCAACGAUGGUUGAGGUGAAAUGGAAAGGACCAGUCUCCGGUUUCGGAUUAGGUCUCGUCCCAUUUUAUCGGUCGAAUAGACCGGUUAACUAUACGAGGGCUAAACCGAUUGCUUCGGGUGUAAGCCAUGUAGAAUGGGAAGAAGAGUUUGAACGUGUUUGUUGCAUCGUUGGUCCAUGGAACCUCUCGUUCAAUGUCUUCUACGGAGAGACAAUGGAAGCUAAAAGUAAAAAGUCUUUGGUCGGAAAGGCGUCAUUAGAUUUGUCGGAGUUAGCUUCGAAGCUUGAAUCGACGGUGGAGAGAAAGCUUCUGAUUCGGUCAAAAGGUUCCGUACUUUCGAAGGAAGCAACCCUUGUGGUCAACGUGACUUUUUCUGAGGUAAGAACCGAACCAGACGACUUUAUGCAACUUGGUCUUGUCUCCGUUGACUCAGCAAUUCCGACAAAGAUAGUGAGUGGUCGCGGUUUUGAUUCGUCUUUAUCACCCGCCACCGCGCCGAGUUCAGGUGGACGUAGUCCAAUUAUGGAAACCGGGUCGUCGUCAUCAAGCCCGGAUGAGAACCAAUCUGAACCGGGUCAAAAAGCCGGGUUUAAUUGGUGGAAGAGACGACGGUUAAGCUUUUCGAUGACGUGGAGAAGAGAACCGAGAGAGGAUGAAUUUACAAAGAUAUCAACAAAAUCGUCGGAAACGGAACCGGAAAAGCCAGCGACGGCGGCGACGGAUUUCUCAAUCGAGGCGAAAAAAUGGGUGAUGAAGGAUUUGGUAAGCCGCGACGGUAAAUCGAAGCUGAAAUCGGAAGUUUACACGGCGUCGAUUGAUCAAAGAAGCGAACAAGCCGCCGGAGAAGCAGCUUGCGCGGCGGUGGCGGUAGUGGUGGCUCAUUGGUUCCACGCGAAUCCAAAACUCAUCAACCCUUCAGGAACAGAGUUCGAUUCUUUAAUCACGCAAGGCUCUUCUUUAUGGCAAUCUCUUUGCGAUAAAGAAACGUAUCUAAGAUUGUUUCCAAACAAGCAUUUCGAUCUUGAGACCAUCGUGUCCGCGAAUUUACGACCGGUUAGGGUUUGUACUGAUAAGUCCUUUACAGGGCUGUUUAGUCCGGAGAGAUUUGCGUCGUUGGAUGGUCUAAUGUCGUUCGAUCAGAUUUGGGAUGAGGUGGAGAAAGAGGUAGCGUUAGCCUCAAGUAAUGGUGAAACUAGGGUUUAUAUUGUGAGCUGGAACGAUCAUUUCUUCGUGGUGAAGGCAGAUUUAGAAGGAUAUUGCGUAAUCGAUUCGUUAGGGGAGAGGUUGUUCGAAGGAUGCAAGCAAGCUUAUAUACUAAAGUUUGAUGAUUCGAGUUUGAUGUAUGAGAAAGAGGAGUCGUCUGAGAAGUUGGUUUGUGAGGGUAGAAAGUGUUGUAGAGAAUAUAUAAAGAGGUUUCUUGCGGCGAUCCCGGUGGCCGAGUUGGCGGCGAAGGAGGAGAAAGGGAAUGUAGUGGAUGUGUCUCUUCUUCAUGAGAAACUUCAGAUUGAUUUGCAUCAUGUUCUGUUAACUAGUUAGUAGUGAUCAUUAGAGUUUGUUUUAUUUUUCUGACUAUUGAUUGACUCGUUAAUGUAGAUUUGGUUAGAUGGUGAGAUAGACAUAGUUUUUUUUGUGAAUAUAAUUUGUUAUGAACCUCACCUAGAGAAAAAUGUGUUAGCAAACAUCCAACAAGAGUAUUCAUUUGUUUUGGCUU